UAUAUAUCCUUUUUCUCUCUCUAUCUUUCUCACUCUCUCUCUCUCUCUCUUCAACCAACAACUGCAAAAUCCCUUCUUUCUCUUAACCAACAACUGAAAAAGUUUUUUCUUUUUUUAACCCUUUAAGCUACAUGAGAAGAAGAAGAAGAGCUUAAAAAACAGAGCAAAGCAAAAAAGAUCAAGAUUUGAGGUGAAAUGGGUAAGUAUAUGAGGAAGAGGAAGACAAAAACUACUGGUGAAGUUGUUGCUGUUUUGGAUGUAAGUCCUUUGGGUGUUCGUACAAGAGCUAAAACCCUAGCUUUGAAGCGAUUGCAGAAAUCGAGCUCAGGUGGCGGUGAUGGUGGUGAUGUGGGUGGGGGGUGUUAUCUGCAGCUGAGGAGCAGGCGGCUGGAGAAACCCUUGGUGGGGUUUGAAAGGAAAAGACGGAAACACCCUUUGAAGGAAUCGAAAAGACAGAAUCGGAGUUUGAGGGUGAGGGAAAUGAAGGGGCAAUCUUGGAAUUCUGGGUCUGGAGAGGGUGAAGAGGAGAAGAAGGAACAAGUACAGGAAAAUCAGAAGGAAAUUGACAACAAUGGAAGCUUUGAAGGUGAAAACUUGCUGGAAUUUGAUGGUAGAGAGAGGACCACCAGGGAGAGCACACCUUGUAAUUUGAUCAGGGACCCGGAUAACAUACCAACCCCUGGUUCCAGUACAAGAGCUAACAAUGCUAGCGAAGGUAACGGCAGGGAGCCAACUUCAGCGCAAAGAAUUAUCCCAACAGCUCAUGAAAUGAACGACUUCUUUGCGGGUACAGAAGAGAAGCAGCAGAAACAAUUCAUUGAGAAGUACAACUUUGAUCCGGUGAACGACAAGCCCCUCCCUGGACGUUACAAAUGGGUGAAAGUAGAUCGUUAGACGCGGUUGGAACUAGAUGGUUAGAUAUGGACAUAUGGUAUCGGCAUCGGCAUCCCAGGAGGACUUGUUGUUUGAUCUUUAGGUCUAGAACUCUAGAUAAAGGUAGGAAAACAGCAAGGAUUGUUAGUUAGUCCUACUUGGUGAUGGUCAUAUUUUGUUUCCAGUCACCCCUUGUAAAGAAUUUAGGACAACAAGUUCUAAACUGUAGACUAAGACUAGUGAAUCUGUAGCAUAACAGUGUGUGUGAAUUUAUCAUAUAUUAUUAAGUGGGAAGAUCCAAACUGCAAAGUUGAAUUAUCAUUUUGCUCCUCUUCUAAAUUAAUAAAUGAGUAUAUUGAUAUU